GAAAAGGGCUCAAGCCGUACCAGCACCAACAGGUAGAUUGAUGAUAAAACGAUGACUGCACAGGUCAUAAUGCUCCUUUAUCUUCUGACAUUUCUCACACAAAAAGUUCAUGGGGCCGUGAUAAUAAAUGGCAAAAAUGUUCCUGAUGGCUUGAUGUUGUAUAUGGUCUCUGUUCAGAACAACAAAGGUCAUGUAUGUGGAGGAUUUCUUAUUAGGGAGGACUAUGUGAUCACAGCCGCACACUGUGACAAACACAAUCCUACAAGUGUAAUUAUUGGAACUCACAACUUAAAGAACAUUGAUGAUAGUACAAUGCGGUACAGUGUAACCAGGUGCAGGCACCCAGAUUACGUCAAAGUUGAAUCUGGUGAUGACAUCAUGCUUCUCAAACUGGUUGGGAAAGUUCAAUUCAAUAACAGAGUGCGGCCGAUUCCGAUACCAAGGACUGAAGUGAAACUAAAAGACAAAGCGAAGUGUCGUGUUGCUGGUUGGGGCUUUACAAAAACUGGUGGUAAAAUUUCCAAUGGGCUUAAAGUGGCUGAUGUUUCCUUAAUGAGCCUAAAGGAAUGUAAAAAUAAAUGGAAAUUUCUAAAACACAGUCUUCCAAACAAUAUUACCUGUGCAGCGGGACCUAAGUUAAAAGCAGGAUUCUGUAAGGGCGAUUCAGGUGGACCUCUAAUUUGUGGAGGGAAGGCCGUAGGCAUUGUAUCUUUCAACAUGGAGUGUGAUACAUAUGUACCAAAUGUCUAUACAGAUGUAUCAAAAUACGUAUCCUGGAUAAAUGGAAUUGUCAAGCAAAACCACUGUUAA